AUGUAUGAUCCUGUGCGACCUAAGGAAAGAAACAACACCACUGGUUCCCCAAACAUGAUUCGACUGGCCAAAAGAUGGUUGCAGGUUUGCCGGGAUACACAUUCCUGCCAACCAAAUGACGACAAACCCCCUCUCCUACCAACACGAGUGGUUGAUGUAGGACUCAAAGAUGAUGACCCUCCUCGAGUUCACAACGCCGAACCUGGGCAGCGACAUCACUAUAUCACUCUUAGUUACUGCUGGGGGGACCAAAGAAAAAUCAAAUUUCUCAAAUCGCUCAAAGAAAACAUUGUCCAGCAUACUCGUUCGCUACCUGCAACUCUACACGCAACACUUCGGGAUGCCCUCAAUUGUACUCGUGCUCUUGGGUUCCGAUAUAUAUGGAUAGAUGCACUAUGUAUUAUCCAGGACGAUACGGCAGAUGUCGGAAGAGAAAUCAGUCAAAUGGGUCACAUUUACCGGAAUUCCUCACUCACCAUCGGCGCAGGUAACGGGAGCGACGUGACCAGCGGUCUAUUUGUCGAACGUGACAGCUUUCUCUUCAGACCGUGCUUCCUUACAAUGCGCCUAAAUGGGCAGAAACAUCGUGCCUAUAUCCACCGAUUCCCUCACCAGUAUCUUAUCCCGUUAGAGACGAGGCUGUGGGUGGUCCAGGAGCAGAUUUUGUCACAAAGGACGCUGGUGUUUUUAUCCGACCACGUCGAGUGGAGAUGUAGGGAAACUCACAUCCCGGAAAACAUCCCAUCCGGGUUCCUCUCAAGGCGACGAGGCUCAAAUAUCAGCGACCUUCAGGCGGUCAUUGGCCAGUCUACUCGAGGGGAGAUGCGCUUCCCCUACGAUCAAUGGUAUACGGCCGUGAGUGCUUUAUCUGCCCGUAACGCAACAUUCCUCACUGACCAACUGCCCGCCAUGGCUGGCGUGGCUUCGCUUCUUCACGAAAACUUUGGUUUGACGGAUCCAGCCAAAUACGUGGCCGGCUUGUGGAAGGACGACAUCAUCGCAGGCUUGAUUUGGCUUAGGAGACGAGCGCAGCCUUCACAAAGGACGAGUGGUGAUGGCUACAUUGCCCCGACUUGGUCUUGGGCAGCCAAUCCUGUUGGACCAGUAUCUUUUCCUACAGCAGAGAGAUGGGGCCAUAAACCGAAAUGGGAUCUUCGACAGCUUGAGCAAAUGAUAGUUAUUCAGACAAUCAACCUAGAACCGGAGAAUGUUGCUGAUAACCCAUUUGGCAAAGUUAACCCAGGAGGUUAUAUCAAGAUAACUGGAAAAUUGAGAGAAGCCAUCACUCGCCCUGUCACGAAAGAAUACCGUUUCGAAUCCGAACUGAGGGCUUUGUAUACCGGUGGAAAUGGUUCUAUUGCUGGCGUCUUUGACAAAGCAAAUGGAACUGAAGAUCCGCAAAUCGUUGGUCUGGUGAGCUUUGACAGUCUCGAGGAGCGAGAGGCGCUUCCCAAGAUAGAGUGUUUGCCGCUAUUGAAAUUCCCCAGCGGGUAUUCUUCCGAAGAGUCCCCAUGUACCAUGAUUUGUCUGGCAUUGAAGAAGUUGGGCGAGCAAUACCAACGGGUUGGCCUUAUCGGUCUAUUUAGGAUGCAUAGAAUUGUGGAAAUUAGGGAUGGUUUAGAUGGUGAAGACGUUUGGGAUUAUACGCCUGAUGAUAUUUAUUGGGACGAUGAAACCUGGGACGGAACUCCAGAUAGAACCAUUUCUAUUUUCUAG